AUGCUGCACACCAAAACAUCGCCCAGACUACGGGAGAAACGGAGACGACGAGAUGGACUCGAACGUCAUCGCUGUCAGCACUGUGACAAAUCCUUCGCAACAUCUGGAUAUUUGAAGAUUCAUCAGAGAGUUCACACUGGAGAGAAACCGUACAGCUGUGACCAGUGUGGGAAAACUUUCAGUAGAUCAGAUCACCUAGAAAUCCACAGACAUGUUCACACUAGAGAGAAACCUCACAGGUGUGAACAAUGUGGUAAAACUUUUGCUACAUCAGGUGUCCUACAAAUCCACCAACGUGUUCACACUGGAGAGAAACCUUACAGUUGUGAUGAGUGUGGGAAAACUUUCAGUAGUUCACAUGAGCUAAAAAUGCACCGACGUGUUCACACUGGAGAGAAACCUCACUGUUGCGAACAGUGUGGAAAAACUUUCAGUCAAUCUUGUCAGUUAGGAAUCCACCAACGUGUUCACACUGGAGAGAAACCUCACUGUUGCGAACAGUGUGGAAAAACUUUCAGUAGAUCUUAUAAUUUAGAAGUCCACAGACGUGUUCAUACUGGAGAGAAACCGUACUGGUGUGAACAGUGUGGGAAAACUUUCACUAGAUCUGAUAAGUUAGAAAUCCACCGACGUAUUCACACUGGAGAAAAACCGUACUGGUGUGAACAGUGUGGAAAAACUUUCGCUCAGUCAGGUAACCUCCAAAUCCAUGAACGUGUUCACACUGGAGAGAAACCGUACAGCUGUGAACAGUGUGGAAAAACUUUUGCUACAUUAGGUGCCCAACAAAUUCACCAACGUGUUCACACUAGAGAGAAACCGUACAGCUGUGGCCAAUGUGGCAAAUCUUGUACCAAGAGGAGAACCCUUAGAAGACACAAAUGCAUUCACAAAGCAUCAGUGUGACAGUUUUCACAGAGCCGAGCUAGCUGUUUCCUCCUGCCCUGAAUACAACCACCUGUUAUCAUGUGACUGUGCUGGACUAACGUCAUGUGAUGACAGCUGAGGAAGUUUGAUUUGGAAAGAGCUGGAAAGCGUCAGUCCGGAGGGUUUAUCAGCCAAUAGCAAAAGUAAAUUGGAGUAGCCAGUUUUCCACCAGUAGAGGGCAGUCCCUGCAUUUUAUAGCACUAUAUGUGGAAUUCAAAUACUUUGCAGUAAAAAUUCAAGACAAUCCAUCAACAACACUACUAAAAACCCAUACACAUUGGUUAUCAGCUGAAAUAAGAGGUUUGGGGGUUUAGUGACUCUUUAAGAAGGCCAUGGGAUGUGGUCAAAAUCUCCAACAAAUAGGUGGAAUGUGAGGCUUGAGUUCAGACUCAUUUAUUACAGAUGUGUUCCCCAAGGUCAAGAAUGAAGCUCCACACUUAAUGAAAUAUUGUUUCUGUGUUAUUCAUACAUAUAUUCUUGUAAUUAAGCUGUAGUUACACAUAUUUACAUUAAUCUGUAUUUUACAUCUAUAUUCACUGUGUUUAUUUUCAAUUGCUGAAUGUGGUUUUGUUCAAACUGAAAGCAAAUAUAAAUCUAGUCGAUGCAAA